CUGUUCGAGAAGCGACAAGCGAGAGGAAAAGAAAACGGUGUCAAGUGAUACAUUCUUCCCAAGUUCGAUCAGCAGGCAAGAGGCACUUCGACGGUUCGCAGUUUUCGUCGUCGCUCGUCGUUUGGAUUAGACCUAAACAUUUUCCUCUGGAUUCGGGUUUUAAACCUGGACGGAGGGGUGCCUAUUAUAAUUCGGUUCGUGAACUUGUCCACUGUUGGCUAACAACAGCACAGAGUGCGGCAGUCGUAGUUUCCGUUGUUUUCGUCGUCGUCAUCGUUGUGACCGAACAGGAAAUUCCAUCGAUUCUUUCCGAUAUUUAUGGCCUCAAAAUUGGGCUGAAUAGUGCUGGGUUUGAUUGGAAGUGUUUCAUGGUUGCAGUUUUCAUUUCCAAAGUUGUUUCAUGUGACUUUGAAAUCCAAACAAAAGUGUUGAUUUAAUGCUAAUUUCGGGGUUAUUGUUGUUAGCCGAUCGUGACCAGUUAGAGAAAGAGAGAGUGUGUUAGUGUUUGUGCACGAGCAAGUCAUUCAAUGUUGAUUAAGAACAGUGAAAAUACGCAAAAAGGGUGAGCAAGCAAAGUGAUUGGGGGAGGUAAACAGCAGCAGCAGCAGUAGUGGUCGCUGCAGCAAAACAAAGCUGACAACGGAAACCGUGGGAGAGGAAAGUGGUGCAGAGCUCUGGAUGGAGCGGCAAGUGGUGUGAAAAUAACUGUGGGAACCUCCGCCGAUGAAAGGCCCCUUUUGCCAGAAGCGGGUCUUGGAAAGUUUCCGGAUCUUUGGGGAGUGAAGUGAAAAGUUUUCGGAAUCAGUCGCAGCAGUUGGAAGCAGGUUUCGGGCAAAGAAAAUUCAGUGUGGAAUGCGUUUCCAAGAGAAAGAUUAGGAAGAAAUCAGAAAGGAAUGUGAUAUGGUGAAAAAUCAAAACAAAGUUAAAGUGAACUAAAUUCCAGAGUGCGACACCAAUUUGGCGUGAAACGAUUCAGUUACAUCUACCAUCAAGCUACAAGGCAGUAGUUGCAUGUUCGUAGCAGAUAAGUCACGCAAUUGCUGCUCUGGGCCUGUCAAGACACCAGGUGUGUGUUCGAAUUAGCCAAUGUUACUCAUUGGCAUCAACAUUAAGGAAACAAGGGGGAUUGAUGUUGUGGCCGUACGUGCAUAGUGCACCACGGUGGUAGACAAAUUGAGCAACCUGAAGAGAGACGGCCGAGGAGUCAUUCGACGAGUCAUGGAGAAAAGUUUCGACGAUAUAACAGUCUCCAGCCUGUCGGAUCUGCAGCUGGUGGGAAAUUCGGUGUCCGGAGCGGGGGUCACGAUACCGGAUCAUCUCCGGGAAGCGGCAGCGCAGCUCAUCAAUAGUAGCAACAGCAACAACAACAACAGCAACAGUGGAGGAGGUGGUCAACAACAACGCAACAGCUCCAUCAACGGUAACGCAGCGGAAAACAAUUUAAACCGAGCGAAAAAAUCAUCCACCAAAUCGGUGAAUCUGCAGCAACAGCAACAACCACAACAAUCUGUGUUAUUCAACCCGCCACCUCAUUCCAAACAUCUGGACGUUUGGCUGGCCAACGCCAUCCGAGGGUUGGAAAACAGCUCCAGUCAGGAUUCGCCCGAUCAGCUGGACAGUCCAACGCCGAAGGGGAGCUACGGGGAACCACUGUCGCUGCCGCCCAAUUUGAACUACCUUGACGGACCGAACUCGUCAUCGCCAUUCAGCACCGGUCUGUUUUCGCCGACUCAACUGCUGCUGCAACAACCGCCCCCAAUCGGCAGCAGCAGUGGUAUCGGAUCGAUUGAGCUGGGCGUUGGAGGUGGCGGAGUCGGGGGCUGCGGCGGCGGCGGCGGAGCAGCUGGUGGUGUCAUUCAACAGAAUCCGUAUCGAUUCGGUGGCGGCAGUGGUAUCUCCAGUCAUCAGUAUCUGCUCAACGACAGCAGUGAGUUUGCGAGCCUUCCGCCACGGAUCAACCAUCAACAGCAGCAGCAGCAGCUGCACCAGUCAGCCGGAGCCGCAGGACGGAGAAAUCUGCUGCAGCGGAACCAGAGUUCGUCGUUUCAAGACCUGUUGAAUGCGCAAAGAAUCAUGACGGACUCGUACAUCAACGACUCGUCGGACAACGAAUCGAAGAACAGCUGUGCCAAAUCGAAGCUGGAGAUGGCCGAAACCCUGCUGGCGGACCUGAACCUGCUGAACAAUGGCGGCAGCGGUACCAGCACGGCGUCCGGCGGAGGCAUCGUCGUCGGCAAUGGAAUCGGUUACAACAACGGUAACUCAGCAACCAGUACGGCCAGCGGCGUAAACCAGAGCAACGGCGGGAACAAUAAUAGCAAUAAUAAUAGUAACAACAACAACAACCUGGUCGUGGUUCUACUGAAAGAGAUUAGCAAACUGCACGAAACGAAUAAGAAAAUCUGCCGAAAUUUGCAUGAAACCAAAGUGGAGAUGGAAGCUUUGAAGCAUUCUUCGCACUGGGGCCUUAGCCACCGUAGAGACAGUAUAAGCGGUUUGAGCACCAAUAGUCAGCCAGUAGGGAUGCGUUCUUACAAUAGCUUCGGACUGCAGAGUCCCGCACCGACGUACCACUCGCAAGGAAGCUACAGCCCCGGCCUGGUGGCGGACGUUAUUCGAGAGAUCCGUGAAGUGUCGCGCGUCCGAGAGGAAGCCAUGAUGGACCGCAUGAAGACGAUGAUCGAGGAACGUUCGUGGGCCCUCAACGAAACCAACUUCCGACUGCUGAAAGAGACGGAAGAGGCCAAGAAGGGCAUCCACCUGGUACGAUCCGAGAUGAACCAGAUGGUGGACCGAAUGCUGAAGCUCGAGAACGAAGUCAUCAACCUGCGAGCGCAGCUGAACAACCAACAGCUACAGCAACAACAACAGCAGCAGCAGCAGCAACACCAACAACAGCUGCACCUACGGGAGCGGGACUCCUACGGGCAGUCGUCGGCGGGAUCUUCCUCGGCCAAGCACCGACGCAACAGUAUGCACCUGAACUACGGUCGGAUCAACAACACGGACGAGUUCUACGGGGGCAACAACUUCAACGACCUGAGCAACGAGCUGCGGUUCGGCAACGGGAACGGAGGCAACCUGCGCGGGUCCAAGAUUGGUGAGAAUACCUUUGUCGGUGGACAGACCUUGAAUGGGGCUGGUGGUGGUAGUAGUUACGGGGAUGAAAUGCAUGAAGACUCCGCAAGCGAUCAGGUGCUGUUGCUGGAGAAGGAUGCGCUGAAACUGCGCCGGGAGCUACAGGACGCUCUGGCCUCCAAGCAGGAGUCGGAAAACCGGAUCACAGCAUUGGAAAGUAUUGUAAGUACUCUCAAAGAGCAGGUUCCGCCAGCCGUAACGUCCAGCGGAUCCGGCACCCAGCAGUCGCUGACGGGAGUGAAGGGUACGACGACUACGAUGACGACGAUGAAUGCGACGAGUGCCUUGAACCCCGUUGGAAUGGUGGGAGCUAGUGGCCAUCAUCAGCAUCACCAUCCGCACCAGCAGCAGCAGCAACAUCAGCCGAACCAUCAUCACCAGUACUACUUUAGAAGCAUCAACAACGGUUCACCAAGUCAGCAACAGCCCCCGCCGCCAGUUGGUUCCAUAUCGCCGUCCAAGUUCCAAAAGGCGGCACAGAUUCAGAGUUUACCCUCGCCAUCCGGCAAGCAGUACAUGCAUCUACCGCCAGGGUCAUCCGGCGGUACCAUCAAUGUUUCCGGUCCGGUAACGGAUCUGUAGGUUGACGGAGAGGUAGCUUUAGGGUGAUUGGAAGGGAAUUGCUGAGUGUCCAAUUCUGUUUCCUACUCGGGAUUCGAACAACCUCCUGGAAACUACACAGGAUUCCUCCUGAAAUCCGGAGAGGAUUCCUCCUGGAA